AUGGCUUCUCCGGACGACCCUCUGCGCGCAGAUCAUAUGGCAAAGGAGCCGGUGGAAGACACGGACCCUAGCACUUUAUCCUUUAACGUGUCAGACAAAUAUCCCAUUCAAGAUACGGGACUCCCUAAAGCUGAGGAAUGUGAUCCCAUUACGUUGAACUGCCCAACAGAUUCUGAUGUGCAACAUCAGGGAGAAGAAAAUGGCUUCCCAGACAGUACUGGAGAUCCCCUUUCAGAUAUAAGCAAAGGCGAGUCCUGCAAGGAGAACUGUACUUGUCCCGCCUGCUCGCUCCGGGCCCCGACCAUAAGUGACUUACUCAAUGAUCAGGACUUGCUUGACGUCAUCAGGAUAAAGCUGGAUCCAUGUCACCCGACAGUAAAAAACUGGAGGAAUUUUGCCAGCAAAUGGGGCAUGCCCUAUGAUGAACUGUGUUUCUUGGAGCAGAGGCCUCAGAGCCCCACCUUGGAGUUCUUGCUACGGAACAGCCAGAGACCAGUGGGCCAACUGAUGGAGUUGUGCAGAUUCUACCACAGGGCUGACGUGGAGAAGGUCCUGCACAGGUGGGUGGACGAGGAGUGGCCCAAGAGGGGGCGUGGAGACCACCCCAGGAACUUCUAGACCUCCGCUUCUUCGUACUGGCCUCUUUGGACCUUGAACCAGCCACAG